GUCCAUGUGUAAAUAUGCGCUAUUUUAUUCGUGUUCCUGAUAGUGUAUCAAAUGUACAGUUCCUGUAUGGACAUGACAGAUGUGGAUUGACAUCAUGGUCGAUCCCCCAGACUCCGAUAUCGGUCCCAAUUGAGUGGAGAUACGGCCAACUACAACAGCACGCUGUGAAUCAACAAACAUAUAUAAACCCCAGCAUUGCCUGAAAGUAUAAAUUAUCAGGGUCCAUUGACUAUUUACAAGUCACACGAAGCCAACAUGUCCUCCACCAAAGACCAAUGGAGUGCCGAGGCAUACUCAGCCUCCGCAUCCUUCGUCCCCAAACUCACCCAGAAGCUCCUCAGCUACCUGGUCCCGCAGCCUACUGACAAAAUCCUCGACGUCGGUUGCGGCGAUGGGAAGUUCACGGCUAAUUUCCUGCCUGCAGUUGGAUCCGUUCUGGGCAUUGAUUCUUCGCCUGCUAUGAUCGAGUCUGCGAAGAAGGAUUAUGGUAAUGAAAAGGCUGAAUGGCGUGUCGUUGACUGUCGGUAUUUGGAUAAGGAGGAAGCUAUUGUUAAUGGGUCGUGGGAUAAAGUCAUCUCCAACGCAGCUUUGCACUGGAUUUUACGCGAUAGUUCGACGCGUAUGGAUACUCUGCGCGCCAUACAUGGCAGUCUCAAACCAGGCGGCACCUUUGUGUUCGAAAUGGGCGGUCACGGAAACGUCCCUGAGGUCAUGACGGCACUCAUCUACACGCUCGUGCAGCACGGCGUACCUGCCGAAAAGGCGAAAGCAGCAAAUCCGUGGUUCUUUCCGUCUGAAGUAUGGAUGAAAAAUGCUCUCGAGAGCAUUGGAUUCCAUGUUGACCAAAUGGAGAUCGAAUUUCGGCCAACGAAGCUCACUGCUGAUGCUAAUGGCGGAUUAGCUGGUUGGAUCAAGCUGAUGGGUGCACCAUUUUUGGACGUUCUUCCAGGAGAGAAGCAGGACGACGCUGUGAAGCAGAUUUGUGAUAUACUCGAGCCCGUAGUCACGCGGGAGGAAGACGGCAGCCAGUGGUUGGGUUAUGUGCGUUUGAGGGGUAUUUCUAAGAAAAUAUAA